AGUAAGGAUUAAAAAAACGAUUACAUUAAAAAAAAAAAGGAAUUAUCACAAAAAAAAAUGCAGGCAUCAACGUCUACGUCAGGAAAGAAAAGUACGUCAGUCAUACUCAAAUCAACAACAAAAUCUACAAAAAUUAAUACAAACGUUGAUCCUAAAAAUGAAAUUGAAGAGAUUUCGAAAAAAAUAUCAGAACAUGCUGAUGCCAUAUAUCGUACGUGGAAGUGUCGCGGCUUAGCUCCAACAGAAUUGCUUGAUUUUUAUACGAAUGCAACUGCAGCAGAGGCUACAGACGACUUCUUUGUAGCUGAUCCGAGCGAAACAAGCACAGAGGGUCUACAAAAGCUUGUCAAUACGUUCGUAAUUAAAGACAAAGAGCAAAGGGGUGUCAAACAAAACAUAAAUAAUAACAAAAGCAACAGUGGCAGCUGCAGCAGCAGCGGCAGUGGCAGCAGUAAUAAUAGUAAUAGCAGUACCAAAAGCAAAAAUUCAAUUCUAAAAUCAACAGACACGGAAGAAACGACAAUGAAAAUGAACAAUAACUUAAUAGCCACAACAAGCAAAAUGACGUCAAAAACAAAAUCCUCAACAGCAAUAACACCAGAGAUUUCAACAGCAACUUUAUUAACACAAACUGCUGCUGCAACUGAUGAAGUUGAUAUGUUACUUAAUAAUAAGAGAUCAGCAGGAAAGUCAGUAACAACAACAACACCAACAGCAGCAGCAACAACAAAAUCAACAACAGUCUCAACAGCGCCAAUUUUAAAAAACAACGCAUGCGUUAAAAUUGUUGAAACAACCGCAGAACAACCAUACGAAAAACACAAAAACGUUGCCGAAAAAAUUGGCAAUGUUGGCGGUACAAGUGGUGUAACAAAGUCGAAAAUAAUAACAAAUCCGACAACGCAUGGCAAUUCUUUGAGCACGAAGCCGCUAGAACUAAAUUUUGAUUUUGACUUAAAUUUGGACGUUAAAAAUUUAACGGAAAUUCAAACGCAAAACCUUUUAAAAAUCAAAGAAUUACUGCAAGAAAAUGCAGAUUCUACAAAAAUUGUAAAAAAAACGAACAAAUCGAGUAUUGCAACAACACCCACACAGCUUGCAACAACAACUGCAGUAGGCAAAGUAGCAGCAACAGGUUCAGAAGCAUCUGCAACAAAUAAAACAAAUUCAAAAGCAAUUACCAAAACUAUAACAAAUAGCCCAACAUUGACAACAAUAGUAAUUGAUAAUGAUAAAGUAAACAAUAAAAAAAAUGCCAAAAUUAAUAGCAACAGUAAUGUUGCAGUCAAUACCACCACCACCCCCGUUACAACACGUACUAGCAACGUUAUUGAUAAAAAGGCAAAUAAUUUUGCCAAAAAGAGCAACGGCAGCGCAGUCGCGACAAAAGUAGCAUCUACAAAAUUAAUGCCACCAUCAACAUCAACGUCAACAUCAACAGCAUCAGCAUCAGCAGUGUCAUCAACAUUAGCAUCAGAAUUAGCAUUAGCACAAGUAACACCAGCGGCAGCAGCGGCCGCAGCAGUGCCAUCAUCAACUAAAACAACAACGUCACCAACAGCAACUGAUAAUAAGAAGCUACAGCGAGAUCAACAGCAACAGCAAAUUAGUACUAAAACAAAAGGGGACGAUAAAACAACGAAAAGUACUAAUAAAUUAAUUAAAUCGGUAACAGCUAAAUCAGUAGCAAUUGCGGAAAAUAAUAAAAAUAUCAAUAAUAGUAACACAAAAAUAAUAAAUUGUAGUAAAGGAAUAGCAGUAUCAGGAUCAGGAUCAGCAUCAGCAUCAGCAACAGCAACAGCGAUCCAUAAAACAGAAAAGGAUAACAAAAUCAGUGUUGCCAAUUUACUUGAAACGGAAAACGUAAUGGACGUAGCGCGUGCAAAUAUGCCAGCACCAACAAAAGCAAAAACGACAACAAGAUCAUUAACAAAUGGUUUGGAUAAAAAUUCAGGACGUCCUAUACUGACGCGUGGUUCCGUCGCAGAGCGUGUUUUAAUGUUCGAAAAAUGUCCUGAUGUGCGGAAUAUGAACUUAAAUAUAAAACGUCCAAAUCCAGCAGACACAUCGCCUAAACUGUUGGUGAAGGGUUCAAAGGCUGUUAUAUCCAAAGGCUUGCAAAGUAUAAUAUUAAAGGACGCUCAUCGUACUAAUAAUGGCAUUACAAGAAUGAAACAAUUAGCAUCGCCAAUUUUAAAAAACAACGCAUGCGUUAAAAUUGUUGAAACAACCGCAGAACAACCAUACGAAAAACACAAAAAAGUUGCCGAAAAAAUUGGCAAUGUUGGCGGUACAAGUGGUGUAACAAAGUCGAAAAUAAUAACAAAUCCGACAACGCAUGGCAAUUCUUUGAGCACGAAGCCGCUAGAACUAAAUUUUGAUUUUGACUUAAAUUUGGACGUUAAAAAUUUAACGGAAAUUCAAACGCAAAACCUUUUAAAAAUCAAAGAAUUACUGCAAGAAAAUGCAGAUUCUACAAAAAUUGUAAAAAAAACGAACAAAUCGAGUAUUGCAACAAUACCAACACAGCUUGCAACAACAACUGCAGUAGGCAAAGUAGCAGCAACAGGUUCAGAAGCAUCUGCAACAAAUAAAACAAAUUCAAAAGCAAUUACCAAAACUAUAACAAAUAGCCCAACAUUGACAACAAUAGUAAUUGAUAAUGAUAAAGUAAACAAUAAAAAAAAUGCCAAAAUUAAUAGCAACAGUAAUGUUGCAGCCAAUACCACCACCACCCCCGUUACAACACGUACUAGCAACGUUAUUGAUAAAAAGGCAAAUAAUUUUGCCAAAAAGAGCAACGGCAGCGCAGUCGCGACAAAAGUAGCAUCUACAAAAUUAAUGCCACCAUCAACAUUAACGUCAACAUCAACAGCAUCAGCAUCAGCAGUGUCAUCAACAUUAGCAUCAGAAUUAGCAUUAGCACAAGUAACACCAGCGGCAGCAGCGGCCGCAGCAGUGCCAUCAUCAUCUAAAACAACAACGUCACCAACAGCAACUGAUAAUAAGAAGCUACAGCGAGAUCAACAGCAACAGCAAAUUAGUACUAAAACAAAAGGGGACGAUAAAACAACGAAAAGUACUAAUAAAUUAAUUAAAUCGGUAACAGCUAAAUCAGUAGCAAUUGCGGAAAAUAAUAAAAAUAUCAAUAAUAGUAACACAAAAAUAAUAAAUUGUAGUAAAGGAAUAGCAGUAUCAGGAACAGGAUCAGCAUCAGCAACAGCAACAGCAACAGCGAUCCAUAAAACAGAAAAGGAUAACAAAAUCAGUGUUGCCAAUUUACUUGAAACGGAAAACGUAAUGGACGUAGCGCGUGCAAAUAUGCCAGCACCAACAAAAGCAAAAACGACAACAAGAUCAUUAACAAAUGGUUUGGAUAAAAAUUCAGGACGUCCUAUACUGACGCGUGGUUCCGUCGCAGAGCGUGUUUUAAUGUUCGAAAAAUGUCCUGAUGUGCGGAAUAUGAACUUAAAUAUAAAACGUCCAAAUCCAGCAGACACAUCGCCUAAACUGUUGGUGAAGGUCAAACUACAUGCUACACCACCGAGUCCACAAGAACACAAUUCUCUGCAGAAAGAAAUCAGAUCAACUAAAAGUGUCUACAUACCAAGAUUUUAUUUUCCACAUGGCAAACCACAGCCAACCAUUGCCUUGGAACGCACUUUGCGAUCAUUCAUAUCCGCGUUUGAUUCAUAUCCGAAUAAUCAAGUAACUAAGGACGAACUGCCACGCAUAUUAAAAUUGUGCGGUUUACCGUUUUAUUGGCGUAUGCCAGUUUUACUUUUCUGUCAACAGGGAAAUUCCGGUUUAGUAGAACGACAACGUUUUGUGGAGUUUUGGAAACAAAUGAAUGUUUAUUGUCAUGAUGCUGCAUCGCGAUUUGUGUACAUACUUUCCCGUGGGCAACGAUUUCGAUCAUACAUACUUCCGGAAGAUUUAGCGCCUUUGGUGCAAGAUGUAGUCGAUACACAUCCAGGAUUAGCGUUCUUGAAGGAAGCUAUAGAGUUUCAUUCCAGAUAUGUGCACACAGUUAUAGCCAGAAUAUUUUAUACUGUAAAUCGUAGUUGGUCGGGUAAAAUUUCUAUUUCAGAACUAAAGAAAUCAGAUCUUUUGGAGAUUAUAUCGCUACUUGAAGAAGAAGAUGACAUAAAUCAAAUUAUGGCCUUUUUUAGUUAUGAGCAUUUUUAUGUUAUAUAUUGUAAAUUUUGGGAGUUGGACAAGGAUCAUGACUUACUUAUAAGUCAAGAUGAUUUAGCAGGACACAGUGAUCAUGCAUUGUCAACACGUAUUGUUGAAAGAAUUUUUUCCGGUUGCGUUACACGGAGUGACAAUAAGAAAAAUGAGGAUGAUGAACCAAAAAUGUCAUACACCGAUUUUGUUUGGUUUUUACUAUCGGAGGAGGAUAAACGUACGCCAACUGCUAUUGAGUACUGGUUCCGUGUUAUGGAUAUUGACGGUGAUGGAAUAUUGUCUAUGUACGAAUUAGAAUAUUUCUAUGAAGAGCAACAGCAACGUAUGGAAUCGAUAGGUAUUGAAACGUUACCUUUUGAAGAUUGCUUAUGCCAGAUGCUUGAUAUGAUAAAACCACAACGUCGAGACGCAAUUACACUAAGCGAUUUGAAGCGUUGUAAAAUGACGCACAUCUUUUUCGACACUUUCUUCAAUUUGGAAAAAUAUUUAGAUCAUGAGCAACGCGAUCCUUUUGCAUCACAAAGAGACGAAUAUACAUCGGAUUGGGAUCGUUAUGCUGCGCAAGAGUAUGAACUUUUGGUAACCGAAGAAAAUGAAUAAUUUUAGAAUUUCUUUCAAAAUCUUCUAAACAAAAUUAUAUCAUUUUUAUUUAGAACAUAUUUAUAAUUAUUUAAUUUCUGUAUCAUCUUUUGUUAAUACAUUAUCAAAGCAACUAAUGCGUCAUCAAAAAAGUAGUGUACUAUAGUCUAAUUCAUUAAACCUAUUUUGGUAAAAUUUAAUUAAGUAUUUUUUUUUAAACUUUUAUUACCAAAAACAAUUUAAGUCUUAACAUUGUUACUUUCAGUUGUUAAUUUAUUAUAUAUUUAAAAAUUUUUUAUUUAAAAUAAAAUUUGAUACUAAAUUGUAUUUAUUCUAAAAUAUUUAAUUUUAAAAAUACAAAUCCUACAAUUGAGAAUUAUUCCUAUUACUGAUUUUAGAUUUUCUUUAUCAUCAGCAAUAAAUUUUAUAACUUUAAGUUUUUUUUUUGUUGUUACAACUAAAAAUAUACACAUUCACAUUUUUUCU